AUGUUCUUCGACGACGAUUUGCUGAGUGGUGCUUAUGCCCGGCAAACUCGUGCUGACGUUGGCGCAGGCGCACCACCGGCAGACUUUGCAGACGGUGUCACUGCAGGUGACGCUGGCUCAGGCGCCGCUUCUUCGGUUGAGACUCUUGUCACUUCGAAUUCCAGGCGGAAACGUGGUUCUAGGGGCGGUGUCAGGCCCUCUUCCUCUGACCAGCAGAAGCGCUGGAGAUCGGGGGCAGUGCCGCAGCCGCCUUCCUUCGACGGUGACAUUGAGGCGGACCCCUACUGCUAUCGCCACUACAAGCGACGGUUGCAGCGCUGGGUGGAGAUAACGAAGGAGUAUCUGCCUGGUAAUGAGCAAGCCUUGAGGGCGUUGGAGAACCUCAAGGGCGAGGCCGAAACGGAGAUGGAAGAGAUCGAGGACAGCCGCUAUAACGUGGACAACGGCAUCGAGCUUCUCUUGCGAGACCUCGAACGGAGCUUUGGUGCUAAGGAAAUGUUCAGGCAAGGUGGCACCAUACGCGAAUUCGAGAGCAUCGGCCGCCUCCAAGGGGAAAGUGUUCAUGCUUUUGUCCGUCGUUUCAGGCUCAUGGAGAGGAAGCUGAAGGACAACCAAGUUCCAGAGUAUCCCGAGCAGGCAAGAGUUAUCAAGCUGUUGGAUGGCCUGAGGCUUGAUGAGAAGAGCGUUGCAUCCCUGCUCCUUGCCGCGGGAAACAAGUACGACAUGCGUGCAAUAUUGAAUGCUAUAAGCAUCCAGUACCCGGCAGGUAUGACGAUCACAGGUCUUCCUCGCCUUCGGCUUGAUCGUCGAGGUCGCGGCCGGGGAGUUGGCUCUUCGGCUUCCACAGCUUCCACCUCUUCCAGGCCAAGCUCGUCAGCUAAGAAGUGGUGUCACUGGAAUACCGCUUGGGAGCCAGAUGCUGAGUUCCCUGAGGAUGAAUUUCCGGUUGAUCAAGAUUAUGAUGAGGCUUCCCUUCCUCCUCUUCCCGAAGGACCCGAUCCUGCUGAAGAUCAAGGAAAUCCCGAGGAUCUUUACGACGAGGCCGAGGUCCCUGACGAGGAAGAGGGUGAAUGGAUGGAUGGCGACGACGCCGCCGCCUACGACGAGGGCGAUGACCUUCAGGAGCUCAUGCAGUCCCUGACGGUCACCAGCAAGCGCUUGGCCAGUUUGGUUCAGGCGCGAGGCUACUACCAGACGGAUGGCAAGAGCAAAGGCAAGGGCAAGAAGGGCUUCGGCAAGGGCAAAGGCAAGUCCAAAUCCAAAGGUAAAGGCCGGGGCAAGCCUUCUUCCUCUUUUGGUGCUGGCAGUGGCAAGGCAGGCAAGUCUUCUGGUGGCAAGGGCGGCAAGCCAAGAGUUCCUGACGCAGUGCAUCAGCAGAGGCUGCAAGGAAGUCUCUGUCUCGGCUGUGGCUCUCCGGAUCACUGGUUGAAGGACUGCCCCUCGUAUUCCAUCCAGAAUGCCCAGCUUACAAGUGCUGCAAUUGAUGGCUUGGUUUUGGAUGCCGAAGGAUCGGCCUCCAUUUGGACGGUGAAGGCAGAGACCCUCGCCGGAUCAGAGCUCAGCUUGGAGCACAAAAAGGGCGAUCAGGACUUUUAUGAAGCACCAGCUCUUUCUGAGUUUGAGCCCUGCAUCCCAACGAACCCGAGUGUUCUCUUGCAGUACUAUCAGGGCAGCAGCUCCUCGUAUAUCAUUGCAGAUACCGGAUGUCAGAGGCAAGUUGCAGGUGAAAGUUGGCAUUUGCAAAAGUGCCAAGAGAUUGAGCCCCUCCUCAGACUCGAGUACCCCGACUUGUGCAAGUUCAGCUUUGGUCCCAGUGAAGCUUUGCAAAGUCAAGGGCUCUUGGUGCAGUUCCAGAUGUUUUUGCUGGCACUAUAUACUUUCGAGCUUUGCAGUGCACUUCACAACUGUGGCUGUCUCCUUGUGGUCACUUGGCUGUUAGACUCGAUGAGUGGGGACCAGACGUGUUUGAGUGGCCGCCACGUCAUGUACCAGACUGCCUGCCUGACGUCAUACAUCCGGACAGCCUUGCAAGCUCGAAAGCUUUGCCUACCAUCGAGCUUCCUGCCCGUCCGGUUCCUCAUGCCUCCGCCCACAUGGCUAGUGCGCUGGCGUCGACUGCUGAGGAACGUGCUCAACUUCGUCUUCUACGUCAAGCAGAUGGUCCUUCUUUAUUCUGCAACCACCCUGCACUCUGCUCUCAAGGACCGGGUGAUGCAGACGCAUCUUGUGCCGAGCACGGCAACCACGUUGUUGUCAACGACGGCGGCCAUGGCAGCUCAGGAGUCUCUACAAAGUCAGGCCUACUUGAAAUCCCCCGAGACAUGCAACCAUCCUUCGGGAAUGCGGGCCUACGGAGCAGCGGGAAUCCGAGUUCGCAUUUGCGACCUUUGCGGAACUCGGUAUGUUUUGAUGCCGUCGGGAACCUCAGUGCUGGCCACGCCGAAAGCUUCCCCGUCGGCCAGGACACCUUUGAACCUGCCCGAGCACAUCAUGGACGCGCUCCGCGGCAAAAGGGUCGAAAACCAACCCAAGGCGGGAAGAUCCCAAGGCUCCUCUCGGCCCUCCUCAACAUCCUCGCCGGGAUAUGUGCCUCCACCUCCUCGACUACGUCCUCGUCAGCCAUCUUCCAAGGCGGCUCCCCCGAAAGCAGCUCCGAAGACGGCUCCCCGAGCCAAAAGCAUGCUGCAACCCUCGGGCGGCUCGAACCUGCCUAUUCCGCAACGGAGGCAAUGGCAUGGCUCGGAGAGCGACCGGAUGAGCACGAUGAGCACGGGUACAGGAGUCUACCACGAGGACAUGGAUUGGUCAGCUCCGAACGUGGACCACGGCGAGGAGUGGGUGGAACCGAACUGGGCCAUGCCGGACGACUACGAUCACCUGGAGGGCUCCGAGGGCGAACAGUUCGAUCCGAACGACCUCAUUCCCCACCACAACUACGAGGACGAGGAGGAAGGUUACGGGGAGGAGUUCUGA